UGCCCGGGCGUGCUCCAGAUAGGCAAGUCACUCACUUGCAAGCUAGCAAGCGUCAAGACGAGGCCAGCCUACCGGCAUGUUCAAGAUCAUCACCGGCGGCAGCACCAGCGCUCCGCUUGACAGCAUGCAGCUUGAUGAUGCAGCAGGCAGCGCUCAAGUCAGCGUGCCUGGCGAAUUUCUCGCCUCAUCUCACGACUGGAUGCGUGGCCACGGUACAUAUGUGGCAGACGAAUCGGUCGUGUCGACGAUGGCAGGCACGGUGGAUCGGGUCAAUAAGCUUGUCUCCGUCAGAGCACUCAGGGGACGCUACAAGCCAGAAGUCGGCGAUCUCAUCAUUGGCCGCAUUGUCGAGGUACAAGCCAAGCGUUGGAAGGUUGAUGCCUCGUCGCGCCAAUUUGCCUCUCUGCUACUUUCUUCGAUCAAUUUGCCAGGUGGUGUACAGCGGCGCAAGCUCGAAUCUGAUGAACUACAGAUGCGUACAUUUUUUCAAGAGGGCGAUUUGCUCGUUGCAGAGGUGCAAGCGCUAUACGCUAACGGCGAGAUGAGCUUGCAUACGCGCUCUCUCAAGUUUGGUAAACUGAGGAACGGCGUACUCGUGCGCGUGCAAUCUCAAUUGAUCGUACGGCAAAAAUCUCACUUCCAUGCGCUGCCUUGCGGCGUCAACCUCAUCAUCGGCAUGAACGGCUGGAUUUGGAUCUAUCAGCCUUCGCCAGCAGAGUCGAACACCUCGCGCAACAAUGGCAUCGGCGCAGACGGCCUCGAGACGACUGACACAGAUGCAUCGAUGCUCUAUUCGAGCACCAAUGAUCCCUUGGAUAAUGUUAUCAUGAUAGCCAUCGCUCGUACAGCCGCUGUCAUCCAGGCAUUGGCAAACAACAACGUGCCGCUAACAGAUUCGAGCAUAGCUGAAGCUUACGAAGUAUCGCAAGAGCUAGAAAUUGACGAGCUCGGCACCGCCAACGUCGCCAACCUCGGUCGGCCAGAUAUCGCUCAGCUGCUUGCAACAGCAGUCCUCUCGCGCGGCUAAUCUACAAAGCAGCAUGUAACAUCUGACAACAACAUCUACAGAUGGACGGAAUACGUGCCUACUCCUCUACAAGUGCGAUUGCUUGCGUUGCAACGUCCUCCAGCGCGCGCACAUAGGUCGUCACGCCUUGUCGUGCCAGGUGUCGAUCGAGCU